UGUUAUUGGCCAACCGUAUUAAUUUACGCGAAGGAGACGCUGCUGAAGUAAAACCGGAUGAUGCUGUUCGCCUCUGAUUUUCUUUCUUCUCUCUUUUUUUGUUGAUUUAAUGGUUCCACCGGGCCACGUCGAGUUUAGUAUUGUAAUGCGAUCACUUUCGACCGCUUACGUGCUCAUGUCGUGAGGAUAAAUAUAAAACUCGAGUAACAUUAGCCAACCGGCUUGAUGGUUUGCUCUCGGUUGCCUGACAGCGGCCAGUAAACAAAACAGGUUAGCCUAGCCGUAUGCUCACAUCACUCGUCGCCUCAAUAGGUGACUGGAAAAAAAACAAGAUAAAUCCAGAAAAGCGCUGGAUAGGGGGCCGAGAUGGCGGAGAACGGUCGCCGCGGCUGGGAGGAUGAGGAACGCGGACCGGGAGCUCUUCAUCAUGGCUUCGUUCUCAUGGAGGCGCUCUUGGAGAAGCUGAAAAUAUUAAACUGUGACCAGGAGCUGCUGGAAAAACACAACAUGAAGCCCCUAUCCAGACAUUACUUUGUGUCCAGCCCUUACCUGGCAGCCAAUCCGGGCGAGCAGUUUUACGUAUUCACCAUCAUGGCCGCCUGGCUCAUCAACAGCAUGGGCAGAAGCUUCACCAGACCUCAGGAGGACGACGAGCCCACCGCAACCAGCGCCAACAUCCUGGCUGAGCUCAGGGCCCUCGGUGUGAAGGUGGACUUCCCGCCAUCCAAGCUGAAGUCUGGUUCAGGCGAGCACGUAUGCUUCGUAUUGAACGCGCUAGCAGAACACGUACUCAAGAGGCGAGGAUUCUCCUUUAAAAGACCAAACUACCCAACCGAAACCACAGAAGAAGAAUCAGUGAUGGACGACCAUGCAGAACUCAUGCUCAACGAGACGGAUCACAUCGUUGAGGAGGACGAUGAAGAUGAAGACAACCUGGUGGACUUGGAGGCGCUCACCCUGCAGAGCACGCUUCGAGAAGCGGCGGCGGUGGCGGCGUCCAAACCUGAUGAGAUCAUGCGCUCCACGCUGGACGUGGCCAAGUGGAACCUGGAAGUAGAAAGGGUCCUACCGCUCCUCAAAGUCACCAUCAGGACCGACAACAAGGACUGGAGGGUUCACGUGGACCAGAUGCAUCAGCACCAGGAGGCCAUCAAGUCCUCGCUCCAUGAGGCGAAGGGCUACAUUGGCAAGCUAGAGGAGGACAUCAGCAGGACAUUGGAAAAAGUGUCCAGUCGAGAGAAGUACAUGAACAAGCAACUGGAAGGCAUCAUCAGCGAACAUCGCGCCGCUCAGGCCAAGCUCAGCGAGGUCAGGGAGCUCUACCAACGCGCCAGCGGGGGCGUGGCCCAAAGGACGCGACUUCUGGCUGAGCUGAGUGAAGAGUUGGAGAAGGUGAAACAAGAGAUGGAGGAGCGAGGCAGCAGCAUGUCAGAUGGAGGGAUUUUCUCUUCAUUCGGCUCAGCUGAGGACACGAUGCAGACUUGUGUAAAUAUGGGCGCCACCUCAUGGGAGGCCUCAGCACACACAAUGUGGAACCAUCCCAGCGCAAAGAACCUGUACCAAUACCAGAAAAAUGGUGGUGCCGAUCGGCCGACGGAAGUUCCUGGUCAAGACGGCAGAUACUACAAGAAUGUGUCGCGUGUCCCUCAGACUACCUUCUCCGCUGUUCCACAAGAACUAUUUAAUGACAAAAUAGGCCAGAAAUCGUCGAUGUGGACCACAGGAGGCGUUGCCCAGAGAGAAACUGUACCCUUCAGGAACCCAACCUCUCCAUCGUGGAACCCAUCAGGAGUGGUCUAUGGCCAUGAUGUUGUACCUGAGCACCAAAUGCAUUGGAGUAGAUUUUACCAGAAUCCGCCACCACCAUAUCCACAGAACCGAAUAACAAUCAGUGGGCAGAGUUUUCCUGGCGUCAACAAAAAUCAGACACCUUGGCAACAGCCAAACACCAGGCCCAUAUUCCAGAAAGCUUUGCCGUUUCACCCCAGAAAGUUCGAUCAAGAGGAAACACGAUGGCCGAUUCUAAAACGUCUCAGUCAAACAAUAGACGCGGAAACACAGAUGCCAGAUAGGGUGCCACGGACUACACAAGUUAGGAUGCCAGUGACAUCAACAAGGAAGCACGCACAAUACUCUCUGUAUUCAUCACUUCACACAGUACAGGGUCCUCGAUCACCUCGGACCGUCUGCACCGCAAGUCCGGAAGCGUUGCAUGUUGCUGGAGAUUCGUUACAACGAAGCGCGCCUGACAACGGAAGCCACUCCCAUCACCUGACACCAAUGGCAAAUAUUACGCAGCCACAAAAUCCUGACCCACUUGAACUCCUCACAACUGCCACCUCGUCACAGAGUUGCUCAGCUCUGCAAACGGUUGCCAACGUGCCACCUGUGUCAAAUGGAAGGCCAGGGCUUUUUGACCGGCUUCUGGCAACUGCACGUGAUUUCUUUGGCCAGACGGACACGUGUGCAGAUAAUAUAGUGGGUGGGGCAGCAAGCCCUGUUCGGAACCAACAGGACCACAAUUUUACACAACCUUUCCAGCCAGAAGAAGUUGAGAGCCGAGAAGAUAAUCAAAGUAAGACGCCAAUCGGUGUUCAACUGCAGUGUGUCCCAACAAGGAAUUGGACUCGAGAAGAAUUAGCGGUACUUGUCAGGGACACCCAUCAAGCCCAGGCAAAGUCUCACGAGUCCUCAGUCCGGUUUGAUUCUAAAGAAAUACUCAACACGUUCUGGAAAGAUCCAAGAUUAUUUUUAGACAACCUCAGGACAGGCUGGUACAAUAAGGUCAUGGCAGAGUCGAGUGAUUUCUGCAAUGAGCACUUGACUCUGAAGACUCCGGUGCUGUCAGAAGCCAAGUGCGACUUGAAACUCAGCGGCCUUCAGGUGUUGCAAGAUGGCGAAGUCUACUCUGUACCGGCAUACUCCUCCUUCUGGCGGAAUAUCAACCAACAGCUUGAUGACAUUGAUAAGGAAUUUGGCGUGGCGGGUGACUUUCUUCAUCACUCCCGUUUUCCAGCGCCGCUUUCGCCCUCUUCACCCGGGACAGCUGAGGGUCUUUCACCAGAGGCCAAACCCGCCUCCCCGGAAGAAGAGCCACGAGAACAGGAAAAAGGAGAUCAAAAACUGCAACGGGCUCAAGAGCCCAAGAUGGACUCUGCUGCAUCUGUGUCUCCCAGUGCAGAUCCAGACGACGUCUACUCAUUCGUCAUUGAAGUUCUGCCCCAAGAGCAAGCCAAAGCCAUCUACGAGAGUUUGAAUCACGCAGAUGAAGCUCCUACCAAGGGGGACCUGAAAGGCUCCACAAAGCCUGAAACAAGUGUAGACAAAGGUGACUCUGAACGAGGAAAGGAUCAGUCUAUCAUCGAGUUGGAGUCUUUCUGUGAACAGUCGAAAGAUGACCUUUCUGGUUUCAGUUAUUCCCCAAAAAAAGAGAUGGUGCAGAAUGAUUUGGAUGAUAUGGCAUGGGGAAUCACCUGGGAAGAUCUUGACUUCCUCCUUGGUGUGGAUGCUGGCGACAAGCCUGUGGAUUCCUAUCAUUCCCAGGAUGCUUCUCCACCAAUAGAACAAAAAAAGGAUCAAGAGAUGGAAAAUUAUGCCACACAGGAUUUCCAAGCGUCGGAAAAGGUUAUCCAACAAGAUGACCAACAGAUGGGAAAUGUCUGCCAACAAGAUGGCGGCGAGUUGGUAAAGAUCUCCCAACAAAAUGACCAAGAGAUGGCAAAUGUCUGCCAACAAGAUGGCGGCGAGCUGGUAAAGAUUGUCCAACAAAAUGACCACGAGAUGGCAAAUGUCUGCCAACAAGAUGACAGAGAAUUGGCAAAGAUUAUCCAACAAAAUGACCACGAGAUGGCAAAUGUCUGCCAACAAGAUGCCGACAAGUUGGUAAAGAUUGUCCAACAAAAUGACCACGAGAUGGCAAAUGUCUGCCAACAAGAUGCCGACAAGUUGGUAAAGAUUGUCCAACAAAAUGACCACGAGAUGGCAAAUGUCUGCCAACAAGAUGCCGACAAGUUGGUAAAGAUUGUCCAACAAAAUGACCACGAGAUGGCAAAUGUCUGCCAACAAGAUGGCGGCGAGCUGGUAAAGAUUAUCCAACAAAAUGACCACAAGACGGCAAAUGUCUGCAAACAAGAUGGCGACGAGUUGGUAAAGAUCGUCCAACAAAAUUACCACGAGACGGCAAAUGUCUGCAAACAAGAUGGCGGUGAGUUGGUAAAGAUCGUCCAACAAAAUGACAAUGAGAUGGCAAAUGUCUGCCAACAAGAUGACAGAGAACUGGCAAAGGUCUCCCAACAAGAACAUGAGCAAGAGACAAUAAAGGUUCCCCAAAAAGAUGACAACCAAGAGAUGGCAAACGUUUCACAACAAAACUUUGUCCAAGAAAUGACAAAUGUCUGCCGGCCAGUCUUAGUUUCACCAUCCAAGGUUUCUUCUGAAAUGUGGCCAGUCCAGGGUCACCGUGGCCAUGUGAAAAUGAUCCCCACCAAACUAUACCAAGGCGAGAGGACGCUCUGCAUUGCGGACAAAUGUUUAGCCUCCGCAAAGACAAAGCGCAAAAGAACCAAGCAGUCCAGCAUGAACAUUCCCUGCCGGAAGAAGCUGAUAACGAAACUUCAACGUAAAGAUGUCAGCAAACACGGCAAAGAAACUCUGCCGGAAAACCACGAGAUGCCUGUGGAGCUGGUCCUCUUUGGCUCAGCCAGACGCAAAUCUAAUUACACUCCGGCCCAUCACGCGCCAGAGGUUCUGAGCUUGUCUCCCAAAGGAAGGACUUCGAUCAAACAGCGGAUCUACGAAGAAUGGUGUCUACCUCCCACCAAAAUUGACGGCAAAAGCAAAUACAAAUCUCAGAGGAAGUCUUACACGGACCUGUCCAGAAAACAGCCCCCUUUGCCCAUCUUGACAUUCGGCAAAGACAAAUGCAGAAUGUCUCUGACGCUGAACAAAAGAAGGUCCAGGCUGGAAAGACCCAAGGAUGCCGAGGCACUCAAACAAGCUGAUGAUGUGAUGCUGAGGACCGCCACCAAGUGUCAUAUCGGCAAACGUCAUCGGGUGAGCGAAAGAACACCCUGGGACCACCAACUUCGCUUGGUUGCCAAGGGGACAUUUGCCGGAACAACAGCAGCCACCUGGGGGACGGGCUCAAAUUGAUGCAAUCCAGGCAGCAGUUGGGACCCCCCACCCCUGUGAAGACAACAAAACAUGACAAGUGCUGAUCGUCGUCCUGUUGAUGUUUACUGUGACAACUCCAUUGUAAAGAAUAUUUUCGGAUGUUAGAAGUUGGGUUUUUUUCCCCACCUUGUGACAAUGCCACGUAUGUAUGUACAGAUGUACAGUUUUUAAAAUUUGUUUCACAUCAAUCUUGACAUUUGUAUUUGUGAACUGCACUGGAGCUUGUGUUUUUCCUCCCAUUGUUCUGUGACGAUUCGUCCGCUGUCAUGAGCUGGCCAACAUGUCAGAGUCAAAGAGAUGCUAAUGGGUACACCCUGAACUGGUCGCCAGCCGAUCACAAACAGACAAAUUGGAGAAGCCUCCCAGGAGACCACCCACGCCGGCACUGGGAAGAACAUGCAAACUGCACGCAAGAAGACCGGAGCGGGGAGAUAGAUUUCACGCAAUAUCGCCAUUUGUGGAAGUGUUGAAAAUGGGCUUGUGCCUGUCCACAUGCUGACUGCCCUUAUCUGACCUUGAAGCCUUGUGUGUGUGUGUGUGUGUGUGUGUGUGUGUGUGUUGGCCUGAGUUAUGCCUGCAGCCUGUGUGGGAGGGUGCUUCCUGUUGUAGCCACAACUUGGCUUCUUUGGUUGCUUCAAUUUCACUACAGAAAAGGACAUCACAGAAAAUCUUUCUACAACAUUCAAAAGAGUUUUUAAAAAAUAAAGAAUUUUCACAAGCAAUUUUCUAUUUUAG